GCACACACACCUCCUGCUGAGUAUUGUACGAUCGUACAAGACGGUACCAAUACCUGCCCUGCUCUUGCCUUCACACUCGCCAUACGCAAACCAACCCUUCUAUCAUUCAUAUCAUACCUUCAAGCUUUUUUGCUCCCCGGCAUCGAUCCUCUAUGGUUCACCCUUCGAAAUCAGCGAGCAAGCGUCUAAAUUCGGUUUGCCCAUAGCCUAGAGCCUCUCUGUUCUUUCUUUCUCUCCCUCACCAACACCGCUGACGCCCCCCACAACAAUCACCUCUUCCAUCAAUGAACCGCUACAGAGGUCCAUUCUCAUCAUCGGCUGCCUCUUCUAAAGCAACCCCUACCACACGCUGCCAGAAAUGUCUUAAACUGGGUUCGCACAUCCAUCCUUCCUCUCUUUUGCUGGUUAAUCUGUUGCUUACUCGCACCGCGUUCUCAGGCCACUAUAGCUAUGAGUGCAAGGCGACUAUAUCUGAAAGGCCAUACACCUCGCGACCCUCACGUACCCAACAGUUUCUGAACCCUCGUCUCCGCCAGGAGCUCACGGAAGCUGCGCCUCCGUCUGAUGUUGUGGUUAAUAAGAAGAAGGGCACCGCCGACGAGAUUCUCAUGAAGAAUAAGAAUGAGAGGGAAGCUGCGCGUUCUCCGGAAGUCCGUGGGCGUAAGCGGAGGCGUAAUAGGUAUGCCACACCUCUGGCUUCGUGGAUCGUAGAUUCUCAACUCCUAACCUGAUAAUAAAGCACCUCGCCUUCGCCGGUUCAAUCGCGUACCCGCUCCAUCUCCACAGGCUCCUCUUCGACAUAUUCCAGCAUAUCAUCCGGACGCUCGCCCACGCCUCCCGUGUACUCGCAAGAGAAUUCCAUGGUUCAUCACAAUUCUUCUAGGAGACAGAGUAAUAGCCAUGCUCGCGACGACCAUGAUCGAUCUGUUCGCAGAAAGUAUCGUGAUUCUCCUAGCCCUAGGAGAAGGGGUCGCAGGUUGAGUCCUACCGAUUAUCCGCGGAGGACGAGGAGCCGAACUCCAAGACCGACUCACCGGCGCUCAAUUACACCCCAGGUUUACAAUGAUCGGAAGGGAUCGCCGGUGAGGAGCCGCCAGGUGGACGAAAAUCGCCCUACCAGAGCCAGUCCCUAUAGAGAGCGAAGUCUCAGCCCCUUCACCAGACGGAAGCUUCUCACUGAGCGGAUGCAGAGGGUUCCAGGGUAACUACUAAUUCUAUUUUUGA